AUGACGACACCAGCCCCCGCCAUCGGCUCGCCGUACGACCCCGGACCCGCCGCACCCGUGACCGAAGACCGCGGCGAACCGCCGGCCAAGCGGACCAAGACGCAGGCAUGCUCACGGUGCCGUCGACGAAAGCAAAAAUGUGACGAUCAAAGACCCUGCGCCAACUGCGCCAGGUCAGGAGAGCAAUGCAACGAGGCGGUGCUCCCAAUGUCCUAUCAAACCCGUCCCCCGGGCCCCGGGUUCCCUCCGCUGAGUUCGGACCAUUACCACCACCAUCACCAUCAACCCUCGACGCAUACGCCCCUGGCCUGGCUGGGUGACAUCGCGUCGUUGGAGGAGCGCAUAUCGCGUCUCGAAGAGACCAACGCUCGACUUCAAUCCAUCGUCGAUCGGAACGGCCAUGGCAGCCAUACGCAGGAGCCGUCGUCGUCGUCAUUCCGUGCGCGAGAGGCAUCUCAUACGCAUCACCACUCUGAAGGGAAUCAUCAACGCAGAGUUUCAUUCGCAUCGGGACUCGGACCAGACGCCUCACUCUCAAGGAGCUCACCCGCGAUCGGCCUCUUGGCUACGUUUGCCCGCUCAGAAGAAGACAACCCAUCUUCACUACCACCACCUCCUCCAUCAUUCCACGACGGCGGCGGCGGCGGCACAGCGCAGAUUACCGGCAGCAAGAGCCAUCACAACCACGACGACCCAGAGGUGCUCCUCGACAGAGCAACAGAAGACUCCCUAUUCGACGUCUACCAAGACAAAGUCCACUGCCGCUACCCCUUUCUCCGCCUAGAUGACUUCCGCAACCCAGCGAGGCGACCAAAGGACGCGUGGGCGUCCUACUUCACCAAUAUGAUCUUCUCCAUAGGCCUCCUCCUCGAAAAGCCCCCGUCGCCAUCGUCCUUAUCGUCGUCGUCGUCUUACUCGCAUUCAGACUUCUUCUUCCCUAGACACCAUAGCCACCAGACCCUCUACCGCCUCGCCGUGACAAAAUACCUCUCCCACGUCUUCGCCCUCCCGGACCGCCUCCUCCACAUCCAGGCUUAUCUCCUCCUCGCCAUGCACGCAAUCUACUCCCCCUCCACCGAGCGCAUCAUCUCCAUCGCCUCGGCGACGAUGCGCUACUGCGUCAUGGCCCAGCUCCACCUCGCCGACGCGGAACCACCAAUCUCAUCAUCAUCAUCUUCUUCUUCUUCUUCAUCUUCUUCCUCCUCUGCCUCGUCGUCCGUCCCUUGUCCGGACGCCGUAGCCGCCAAGAUCCGCAUCCAAAUGCGACGCCGCGUCUUCUGGUCCGCCUACACCCUAGACCGCGCCGUCGGCACAAUGUUUGACCUCCCCUUUUCUGUCCCAGACUACCAAAUCACUGUCAAAAUGUACGCAAAUAUGGACGACGCGGACCUCGACGCCGCCUCCUUUCCAGACAAACACGACCACCCACGCCGCACGAGCGUCUCCGCCGCCCUGCACGUGGUCUACUGCCGCCAGAUCCAGUCCGAGAUCCUAAACACGACCCUCCACCGCGACUUCUCGACGCACUUUGACGACCUCCCCCACUGGCGCCUCCGCGUCCUCGACAAGCUCGACCGCUGGCGCGCCCUCUGCCACCGCUACGCCGACGCCGACGGUGCCGACGUCGCCUCCGGUCCUGGUUCCGCAUCCCAUUCCCGCUCCCGCCCCCGCUCCCGCAGCUUCACCCACCCAGAAUGGCUACACAUGAUCUACAACUACAGCCUCGCCAUGCUCCACCAACCCACCCGCUCCACGGCCCCCGGUCCCGCAGGCGACUGGACCGUCAAAUCCUGCGUCCAAGCCUGCCUCAUCUUCCGCAAGUUCCAGCGGCGCGACACCCCGCCCAUCGCCGAGCUCUGGCUCGGCCUCGUCGCGCAGUUCAAGUGCGGCGUCGCGCUGCUGUACUGCUUCUUCGCCACGCCGCCCCGCGCGAGGACGCCCGCAUACGCGGGGCCGGACGCCUCCGAGGCCGUCCGGGCGUGCAGCAUCGUGCUCUCGAUCCUCGCGGAGCGGUGGCCGCAGAGCGCUUGUCUGCGGGAUGCGUUUGAUAUCCUGGCGCGCGAGGUACCGCUCUUUGAGGAGACGAUAACGACAACGACAACGACAACAACGACAACAAUUGAAAUGACGCCAUCGGAUGUUGUAACGGUAGCGGGCCCGCGCAAGAUGAGGGCCGAAUCAGCCGAUGCGCUGAUGGCGCUGAUGAGCCAGCUCGAGAUCAUCGUGGUGCACCGUAACACGCUGCGCAUGAUUAGAGAAAUGGCGCUGGACGAGUUCCCCAGUCCGCCGCCCGAUGGCGCAGCGUCGCGGACCCAGUCUCAGGUAGAGAUGGUCGCCAAUGGCACAUGUACGGCACACCCGCUCGGCGAGGAGGACUCGCCUUCGUGUGCGCGGACGAGCAUCACGGGUGACAUGUUCCAGCCCAUGACGCCUCACUUCUUCCAGUCGAGCGUCCCGGGCCUCGAGGCUGAGGGGUUCGACCUCGCCGCCCUCGGGUUCCCGGGCGACUUUGAUCUACUAGACGCUUGA